AGAAGCGCUCUCUGUUUCCAUGCCAAGCACUCAAGUAUUCCAUCCUUGGAUAGUAGUGUGUAGCAAGCAUUGGAUCUUCACCUUUCCAGCCUCCAUGCAUCUAUAAACACAGCCCAUACCUGUAAGCUUUCCUUUACCUGUUCUAUUGCCUUCUACCGGUAGCUGAUUACCCGAGAGCGCAGGAGCCCAAGCAUCCCCUGCAACCUGAGCUCGAUCACAACAUUCAAGCUUCUUGAUAUCUUCUCGUCAAGCCCCUCACCAUUCACUACAUAUCCAGAGCAGAGAGCCCGGCAAACAGAGCGCCCUGCACAUAUACUGGGUGGGCUCAGAGCAAAGAGCUGCCAGGUAUGGAGUGCCCUGCUGAUAGCCAAUACAAUUGAGCUUCUCUUCCUUGCGCAAAAUAAGGGCCACAGGACAGCCAAUUACAUUACAUACGUGCUUCAGUGCAAAGAGCCCACCCUUGAGAGUCUGUGGAACUUGCGUUCCCUCGAGCCAUGGCGGCCGUCCUGGAUGCUUUGGCAUCCUAUGUGAAGGAGCUGAUCAUAGACAUGGUAAAAGAAGACCUGGACACGUUGCUGGGCGUCUCCAGCGAGAUCAACAAGCUUGGGCACAAUGUGGGCAACGUGGAGGCCUACGUUGCCGAUGCUGAAAGGAGGCGCAUCGAUGACCCUAGGGUGCAAGGGUGGGUGAACAGGCUCAAAGGUGCCAUGUAUGAUGCCACUGACAUCCUGGAGCUAUGCCAGCUGGACGCCGAGAAGCGGCGGCGCAGUCGCAUGGGGACCUGUAUGGAGGAGAAGGUGCCGGGUUGCCUAAUGCCGCUGCUCUUCUGCAUGUGUAAUCCUGCCUUUGCCUAUCAGAUGGGCAAACGCAUCAAGGAACUCAACGCGAGGCUCGACGAGAUUCGUAAGGACAUGGUCGACUUCAAGUUUGUAAAGCUCGAUCAAUACCAGCUGCGGAUAGCGCCAAGUGAUGCCACUCUGCCCAGCCGCACGACAACAUCACAGAUCGAUGUGUCAGCUAUCGUCGGCGACGCAAUCGAGAGGGAUACAAAUGCCUUGGUGCAAGUGCUGCUGGCUAACGAGCCGGCAAUCAAGGUGGUUUCAAUCACGGGCACCGGGGGUGUGGGCACGACCACCCUUGCCAAGAAGAUCUUCAACGAUAGAGCCAUCCAAGUUGAGUUCAAGAGCAAGGUCUGGUUGAGCAUCACGGAGAGCUAUAAUACGGAGAAACUCCUAAGCUCUGCCAUCACCCAGGCUGGGGAAGGGAGAGAAGUCCAUGGGGAUAGGGAGGUCCUCACGCAGGCCCUCACUAAAACUCUGUCGUCAGGCAAGUUUCUAAUGGUGUUGGAUGAUGUUUGGAGUACUGGGCUAUGGACUGACGUCCUCGAGAGCCCAGUCAUCAUUGCAUGCCGUAACCAGCCAGGAAGUAGGGUCAUUAUCACCACUAGGGACGAGGACCUCGUCAAAAAAAUGGGGACCACCGACUACCUGCUGCACCAUGUCAAACCGUUGUGUGACGAAGAUGCUUGGUCCUUGCUCAAGAAACAGCUACCACCACAGGUUGCCGGAAGUGAAAAUGAUCUUGAUGAUCGGCUUAAAGAUCCCAUUGGGAUGGGGAUUGUUAGGAACUGUGAUGGUUUACCGCUUGCCAUUAAGGUCGUAGGAGGGCUACUGAGGACAAAGAGAGUAAAUAAGCGUGAGUGGACAAGUAUUUUGGAAAACCCUGCAUGGUCAAGAGAGAAAAUACAUGAUGAACUAAACUCUGCAGUGCGCUUAAGCUACGAGGAUUUAUCUCCUCCCCUAAAGCAAUGCUUUUUGUACUACUCGGUAAUCCCAAAAGGAGUAAUAAGUCAGCUGACAAAUGAUAUAAUCAUCGGGAUGUGGAUGAGCGAAGGGUUCAUUCAAGUACCUGCUGGUGAUGAGCAAAGAUCGAAAGAAGAGAUAGGAAUUUGUUACUAUUGGGAUCUAAUUAGAAGGAAUCUAAUAGAACCACAAUUGGAUAAAGCUUUAGAUGGAUCGAUCUCGAGGAUGCAUGAUGUCAUCCGCUCUUUUGCUCAACACAUGUCUAAAGAAGAAGCGUUGGUUCAGUCCGGCCAGAUAUGUUCCCAUGCUUUAUCAACAAAAUUCCGACGUCUGUCUAUAGAGUCCACUGAGUCAGAGUCAGGGUUAGAGUCAAUGGUAUUACCAAAGUGGAGUAGUAUUUCACAUAAACAAGAGUUACUAAGGAGUUUGAUUAUCCAUGGAAAGAUGAAAUUUGAGCCUACUGAUUCUUGCUUGAGUAUGUUUCCUAGUCUACGAGCACUAUAUGUCAGCCAAGCGGAGUUCGAUAGGUUUGUUGAGUCCCUAUCCAAACUGAGGCACCUAAGGUUUCUCUAUUUGGAAGACACGGAUAUAUCUAAGCUACCAGAUGACAUAGAUAAGUUGAAGUUUCUAGAGUUCAUUCAUCUCAAAGGUUGUGAAAACUUGACUAGCCAGAUUCCUCGCAGCAUCCUAACUCUAGAACAUCUGAGGUUCCUUUGGAUUAUUGGCACACAAUUUGAUGUACCUAAGAGGUUCGGUCAGUUAACAAAUCUGAGGACACUUGGUCUGUUCCCAGUACAAAUCGAUGGGGACUGGUGCAGUUUGCAAGAGCUAGGACCUCUUUCUCAGCUUAGAGCACUUUAUAUUGGGGGGCUGGAAAAGGUGCCUUCCGGCUCAUUUGCUGCAAAGGCCAAGAUUGCCGACAAGCAGCGGCUUAGCAGACUGGGCUUGUGGUGUAGCGACUGCAACUUGGAUGAGGUGACGGAGGAGGACUGCCAACGGGUUGACGAGGUAUUCGAUCAACUCUGCCCACCGUCCAACCUGGAGCAGCUGUCUAUUAUUCACUACCUUGGGCGCCGCGUGCCAAGCUGGAAGUGUAUGAACCAGGAUGCAUCGGUGGACUUCAACAGCCUGAGAACCCUGGAUAUGGCUGGCUUGCCUUUCUGCACCCAACUCCCUGAUGGUUUGUGCCAGCUGCCCAACUUGGAGGGCAUCUUGAUCAAAUCCGCUCCAGCUAUCGAGCGUGUUGGUCCAGAAUUUCAGCAGACCGGCGGCAGCAGCCGCAGCCUGGUAAGGUCGUCUUUUCCUAAGCUGCAGCACCUACAGCUGAUUGAGCUGCCCCAAUGGGAGGAGUGGGAGUGGGAGGAGGAAGCCGAGGCUACGAUCGCCAUGCCCAAUCUGCACACUCUCAGGAUUGGCUUUUGCAAGCUGGGCUGUCUCCCUGCGGGGCUUGCCAGCAGCAGGAGGCUCGCUCUGAAAGACCUCGGGCUGUGGGAUCUCACCAGGAUAACAGCUGUGGAGAACUUCCCUUCAGUGGUGGAGCUCAAAGUGAGUCAAUGCCCGAGUCUCAAGACCAUCCGCGGCUUCGGCAAGCUGCAGACCGUCCGCAUCAAGUUCUGCCCGGCACUGGAAGUGCUGGAAGCCGGCCCGGCGCUCCACACCGUGGUGCUGGAGGACCCAGACAUGGAGACGUUGCCGGAAUACCUCAGAGGCCUGAAACCACAGGUCCUGCGGUUGUUGGACUGCCAUCAGAAGCUGCGCAGCCUGUUGUCUGGCUCUGACGAGACCUCAGCCGACUACAUGGCUGAGAAGGAGAAGGUCAAGCAUUGUGGGAAGCUGGUCGUGCUGUAAAUGAAAUAAUGAAUUGCAUGUAUCGGUCGUCUAUUCAAUCAACACAGUGUAUGCAUGGAUGAAUGAAUCUCAACUUCCAAGUCCAGAAAGUGCAGGGCGCCAUCGGCCAACAGCAGGUGUUCAGGAAAGCUGAAGCAAAGCUCCAGGUGGCCCCGUGUGCUCUGCCUCUGCUCGCUCGACAGGAUGGUGAAAUUAUGUGGUCUCUGUCUCUCGUACAAGUUGUUCCAAUUGAUGCAGCUCUGUGUGUGACAGGAUUAAAAAAUAGUAAUACUACAUAUAAGUGUAUAAUGGAUGGAUGUGUAAUAAAGCUUUUAGGGCAUAUACACGUACAUCAAUUGUAACAUAUGCUAGUAUUAAUUUGAGUACGCCAGUCAGUCAGAUGUAAAUACGUACAAAAACAUGUCAGUUCGGUGUACAUUCUUCUCCUGCUUUGCUUAGGUGCAGCUCCAUUGAAACAGGCAGCGUGCAACAGAUGAAGCUUACAAUUAGUACAUCCAUCAGUCUUUCAAGGUUUCAAUCUUUGGAAUAAAAAGGUUCCAAUUUUCACCUGUGCAGGCACAAA